CUGGGGAUCUGAGGCAGAGCCUCGGGAUCCCCUUCUUCCUAGGCAGGUUGCCCCGGUGGUGAGGCCCCGCCCCUGCAGCUGCGGAGGGAUUUGGAGGGAUAGAGGCUGCCCUUGGCCCUGAGGGGUGUGCAGGUGACCUGAGUAAAGCCAGGAAGGAGAGGCAGCGCUGAGGAGACCCCAGCGGCCCGCCCCACCCAGCUGGGGCUCAUUGCACCCUCGGGGCAGCAGCCAUAGGGCUUUCCACCCCUUGGUGGUGGGGCGGGGCUGGGGUGUGACUGCCAAGACCCCGACCUGAUGCUGCUGGGAGAGCUCCUGGCGUCUCGCUGUCUGGACGUGGAGCCGCCAAGACCCUCCGCCCAGCAGAAGCCGAGGCCCCCCGGAUGCUUCAGGCUCAGUGGCAGGUCCCUCUGGCCUGGAUGCCAGGACUCCAUCACUGCCCUGGGCUUCCUUCAAGAGACAGAAGAGGGGCUGGCCCUGCCCCCAACUCAGGACCCCCUGGCCCUGGGACCCUGCUGGGGACCAAUGACCCUGGGGACUUUGGACCCCUUAACUAUGGCCAGGAAUUCCAAGAACAUGCAGACCCCAGUCAGCCAGAAGCGCUGCAGCAUGGUGCCCCCUGAGGGUCCUCCAGCCCCACCCCAGAGAAGACCACGCAAACAGCCGCACCCCUGCCGGGGCACUGAGAAAGGGGACCCCACGUUCCAAGGAGUGACUCUGACUUUUCAGUUAAAGCCGGACUGCAGCCUGCAGAUCUUGCCCACCGACAGCAGCCACUCUCAGGGACCACCCGCAAGCCCUGCCAGUGCCCCUGAGCCCAGCCCUGGAGGCAGCGAGGCCCAGGCUCCACGAUGCUGUGCCUCCUGUAGGACCCAGAGGACCCCACUCUGGAGAGAUGCUGAAGAUGGGACCCCUCUCUGCAAUGCUUGUGGUAUCAGGUACAAGAAAUAUGGUACCCGUUGUUCCAGUUGCUGGCUGGUGCCCAGGAAAAGUGUCCAGCCCAAGAAGCUGUGUGGCAGAUGUGGGUUGUCCAUGGACCCCCACCAAGACCCAACUCAGGAAAUGAAGAAUAUCCAGGCUCAGUCCCCAGACUCCCUGUUUCAUGAGGUCACCCCCCCUGGUUCAGCCCCUUCUCCAGUCGGGCUUGAUUGGACUCCAAAUAAAGGAAACUGUUUCAGCUGUGACUGUUGUUAUUGCUAUUAA